AUGCUCCUUCGGGUACUCCAUGGCCUCGCGAUCGUACUUACCCCCUCGUUGGCCAGCUUUAUGUUUGACAACGAGAUUGUCGGAGAGCCCAAGGUGGACUGCGAAGACACGAUGCUGGCCUUGACUUUCAAGACCCGAAAGCCAUUCUCGGGGCGGGUGUACGUCCAGGGGUUGUCGGACGAUGAGCGUUGUGCUCAGGGAUUUGCGAAGAACACGAAUCAGUCAAGAAAGUCGAAGGACGCC